AUGAUCCUGGGCGACCAGCUCUGGGUGGCCCUGCAUUGUGAUGGUCCUUUUCAAGCAACUCAGCUGUGGAACAGUAUUAUUCAUGCUCUUCACAGUCAGGUGGAAAUCAAAAGACGUAGACAACAUCUGAAAACGUACAAAAACUGUUUCACGGGCUCAAAUGCUGUUGAUGUGGUACUGAGCCAUCUUAUGCAAAGCAUGUACCUAAGCUGCAAUGAUAUUUCUCGGCUGAAGGGAGUCCGUGUAUGCCAAGCAUUGAUGGAUCACAAUGUGUUUGAGCCAGUUGGAGCAAAGCUUUACUUAUUCAAAAAUGAGAAAGAAACAGAGUUUGAAGACACAAACACUAGUCUCUAUAAAUUUGUAAAUAGCAAUCUUACUCCUCUUCUUCCAAGAAAGAAUAAGGAAAAUGAGAGCAUAUACAAUGAAGCCCUAAAAACGAAGUGUGAAAUGAUACUUUCAAACCCCUUAGCAUUGGAAGCAGGUGAUAAAAAGAGGGUAGAAGAGCUUCUUCAAUCAAUAAAUAUUCACGCAUCUUUACCUCCAAAGAUCAUGGUUAAUGAACCCACUCAUCUGCUUUCAAAAAGAGAUGUUUGGAAACAGCAAACUCUGCUACGACUUCUGCAGUUAAUUGAUGUUCCACUUCUAGAAGACAUCUUGAUGUCUUCAGUGAAGAGAAAAACAGACUGUUGUGGCAAAGAAGAAGACCUGAUUAUCUCAAAUACUUUCCUGGACAGAGAGGUUACAUGUAGCUUUAACUUGCCUGAGCUUGACAAAUGGCUCUUUGCUGCAGUUGAGUGCUUGGAGUAUUUUCCAGACCAAUUCAUAGUGAUGGUUAGUCAGCAGUUACCUCAAAGUACUAACAAACCGAGCAGUCUGAAUACCUACAAGAAGAUUCUUUUUGAUGUUAUAAUAAAGUAUUAUAGUCAAAAGAAGGACUCCCUUCUUGCCUCUCAGGAUCUUGAUAUUCAUUCAGGAAUUGUAGAGCUUCUAGAAAAAGGAAAAACAGAUCAAGCUCUGGAGGCAUCACAACUUUAUCUAAAAUUAUUAGCACCAAAUAUUCGAGAAGAACUACAUAGAUUCCUGACAUUCAUAGCCAUUGCAGCAGAAUCUGAGGGCUACAAAUUACAAAAACAAUUUGAUAACAGAUCAGUGAUCAUCAAGACUUGCACAAAGUUCAUCUUACAAAAUAAGACCUUGUCAAAACCACAGGCAGAAUUGCUGACUCAGUUUCUGAUGGACAAUCACUCCGACCUCUUCAAGACUCCUUUAACUCUUCUGGAACUAACUAGUAGAAGACUUGAGAGUUUGCUAGAAGGGCAAGACCCAGAUAUCGAUUCAG